AUGUUAGAAGCCAAAUUUGAAGAAGCAUCCCUUUUCAAGAGAAUCAUUGAUGGUUUUAAAGAUUGUGUUCAAUUGGUCAAUUUCCAAUGUAAAGAAGACGGUAUCAUCGCACAGGCUGUCGACGACUCAAGAGUUUUGUUGGUCUCUUUGGAAAUAGGUGUCGAAGCCUUCCAAGAAUAUAGAUGUGACCAUCCUGUUACGCUAGGUAUGGAUUUAACCUCGCUAAGUAAGAUCCUGCGCUGUGGUAACAACACCGAUACAUUAACUCUGAUUGCUGACAACACACCGGAUUCUAUCAUCCUAUUAUUUGAGGAUACUAAGAAAGACCGUAUAGCCGAAUACUCUUUGAAAUUGAUGGAUAUCGAUGCUGAUUUUUUAAAGAUUGAAGAAUUACAAUACGACUCUACCCUGUCCUUACCAUCAUCUGAGUUCUCUAAAAUCGUUCGCGAUUUGUCCCAAUUGAGUGAUUCUAUUAAUAUCAUGAUCACUAAAGAAACGAUAAAGUUUGUAGCUGACGGUGAUAUCGGAUCAGGUUCGGUCAUAAUAAAACCAUUCGUGGACAUGGAGCAUCCUGAAACAAGCAUUAAACUUGAAAUGGACCAACCUGUUGAUUUGACGUUCGGUGCUAAAUACUUAUUGGAUAUCAUUAAGGGCUCUUCCCUUUCUGAUAGGGUAGGUAUCAGACUUUCCAGUGAAGCUCCUGCUCUAUUCCAAUUCGAUUUGAAGAGCGGUUUCCUACAAUUUUUCUUAGCUCCUAAAUUUAAUGACGAGGAAUAA